CGAGAGAAUAUAGGGAGGAACAGGGGGACCCAGUGGGGAGGGGGAAAGUGAAAGGAUGAAGGGAGGAGGAGGAGGAGACAAAGUGGAAGCAGAGAUUCUGGAACCUUAUCAGCUGUCCUUCUCAGAUCUUCUUGACCGAAAACGAUGUCAGCUGAUCUCGAGAAACGUGAUGGAAGCACUGGGCCCAAACGGUCCAGGCCUGCUUUGCAUCACCGGCGUUAUAGGCUCCGCCCUCCUCCGCCGUAAGCUCCUUCCGAUGGCUCGGAAACUGGCUCUGCUUGAUCCCGAUAAGCGGAAUCGCAUUCUCAAGGAGCACCACUUGGGAAGCGACGUUCCUCUCAAGAAUCCAGAACGACUUGUCUCUUCUUUUGCUAUGCACCUCCAUUAUCAACCACCUUCUUCUAACUCUUCUCUGUGGUAUGAUCCUGGUUCUGGCGUUGGAACUACCCUAGACUCCCUGGAGGAUGAUGAUGACGACUUCAACAAUCUUGGUGAUGUGUUUAGGAAACUUGGGUUUUGUAUGAUGGAGUUGGGUUUGUCCAUAGCUCGAGUGUGCGACAGGGAGAUUGGUGGAGGCUUUCUCGAGGGGACCUUACUUGAUUCUUGCACUGCUAAAGGACGCCUCAUACAUUACCACUCCCCUGCUGAUCAGUCUUCUCUCAGAGAAGAAGCCCAGAGGAUGAGGAAGCAUCCUAUUUCUGGCAAGUAUAGAAAUGGGAGUCACUUCAAUCUCUGGCAACAGUGGCAUUACGAUUAUGGCAUCUUUACCAUUCUCACUGAUCCUCUCUUUCUAUCUUCCCAUUCCUGCCACGAUUGCAAUUUGAUUACCAGUCACUCUUAUCUUAGGAUCUAUCAUCCCAGCAAUAACAAGUUCUACAUGGUCAAGACUCCUCAGGACAGUUUUAUUGUUCAAAUUGGAGAAUCUGCUGACAUUUUGUCCAAUGGGAAGCUACGGUCGACCCUCCACUGCGUGUGCAGACCAGACCAGCUGGAGCACAUAAGCCGCGAGACUUUUGCGGUCUUCUUACAGCCAAAAUGGAACCACACUUUCUCAGUCUCGGAACAUACAAUGGAACAUAUAAGGUCAGGUUCUCUACAGAGACGGCCAAUACUUGAUACGGAUGAGGUUUCUAAAGCAGACAUUCAUAACGUUGUUCCACCUCUAUCGUCUCGGAUUAGGGAUGGGAUGACAUUUGCCGAGUUUUCUCGUGAAACAACUAAGCAGUACUAUGGAGGGAGUGGCUUGCAAUCUAAUAGAUAACCCACCCGCCCUUGUUCGUUAGGCAUGUGUAAAAAUGAAUACCCCAUGUAAAUAACGUGUGUUAGGAGCAAUUUGUUCAUUGUGAGUGUGAAGUCAAGAAGAAUGAGCCAACAACAAGUGCUGUCUUCUUUCUGAGAGUGACUAAAGGGAGAGUUGGGAUUCGUCUUUUCGAUGUUGGAGCCAAAACAGUGAAAGUUGUUACUUCGUUUUCACAGUCAAAAGCUCUCCCUUUCACACAGACAGACAUACUUGCUUUAUUUUUUUUCCUGCUCUUCUUUAGUCUCUCUCCGUGACUCGGUUUAUGUUCUCUGUUGUGUCUCCCCCGAGCUUACAUCUCCCUGUUUGUUAGCUUUCAAGGGUCGCAUUAAGACAAAGUGGUGUUAAUAAAGUUAAAGCUGCCCUUGUUACAGUCUUUCUUUUCUGUUCUUUGAACAUAUUUUCAUGAAUGGGUUUUGUACGUGUAUAUCAAAUCGAGAAAAAAAGUGUUAUGGCU